UUCUGUAACUGAGGGGUUGUGUUUAUUGGUGGCGUUUUGCUGUAAUUAGUGUUACUCCUGCCCAUUGAAGUGGGAAGAAAACGUGUCGUUCGAUCAGCCGCUGAACCACAUAGAAACUGCAAACAAUAACAAAAAAAACUGUAACAAUGAGGACAUCUUUGAUCUGCCAGCUGGCAGCAUUUGCUUUAAUUGCCACUGUAUCAUGUAAUGAUGAGAAGAAGGACAAACGGGUACAGAUUGGCGUGAAGAAGAGGGUUGAUCCAGAAAAAUGUACAAUGAAAUCCAAGAAGGGUGAUACUCUUAGUAUGCACUAUACUGGUAAACUUGAGGAUGGAACAGAGUUUGACAGCAGCAUACCACGUGGUACCCCUUUUACAUUUACGCUUGGGGCCAACCAAGUCAUUAAGGGCUGGGAGCAGGGACUUCUUGGAAUGUGUGAAGGAGAAAAGAGAAAGCUUGUUAUCCCUUCUGAUCUUGGAUAUGGUGAUCGCGGAGCUCCUCCCAAGAUUCCUGGCGGAAGUGUUCUUGUGUUUGAAGUUGAACUAUUGAAAAUUGAUCGUAAGGAUGAGCUGUGAAAAGACCAACAUCAGAAUUGUGGAUGUGUACAGAAGGACUGAGGAUAUAUAGAUGGUGUGAUUGUGAUUAAUACAUGUUCUGUGGAUGUAGGGUAUUUGUUAAUUGUAUUAUGGUGAUGUACAUGUUCAACUUAGAAUUUUACACCUAGCCAUUACUGCUCGGCCAAACAGAGAAAACAGAUAUUGAGGUUUAGACAUAGCUUAUAGUAAAAUAGAAAGGUGUAUUUAUCUGAAUAAUUAACACAGUGACAUCAAUAUUUAUGUCCAAUUAAUUAUAAUGAAAAAAGAUGUUUUUGAAUUUGAAAUAUUGUAUUUCAUUAUUUUUUCCCCAAAGAAUUGAAUAUUAAAAAGAAAACUAUCUUAACUGCAUAGUUGUGUAUGUUAGUAUGUGUUUCAUUAGAUUUGAGAUAAUUGGCUAUGCACAAUAAAAGUUGUCGCAAUAUUGAAACUGUUUAAAACCAAUGUCAUUUUAUUUUUAUAAUUUUGAAUGGAUAUCCAUAUAAAGUGAAAAUGUUAACGUUGUGAUAUGUAAGUUGCUGUCAUGAUUUCACUUUACAUGUUAUGUAAUGUAACUGUGCUAGAAAAACUGAUUGUCAUGGAUGGGGCUGACACAGGCAUGUAACAAGUUUCUAGUACUACUGUACAUAGUAGGUAAGAAUUUCUUUGGAGCUUGUGUAGCAUUCUAUAAACAGCACUACUUCAAGUGGUUACAAAUUGAUUGAUAAGUUCAUUAAAUAUGGUCCUAAUCAUCUUCAAAAGUAACAAUUAACCUUGUUCCUUUGAAAAUGAACUAAUUGUACAGUAGUGAGAUUGAUGAUAACCAAGCAAUGAAGAUUGUGUAAAUACUAUCCGAAAGAAACCCAUAAGCUUUAGUGUAGCAGUGAUAGUGGGGUUGCGGUUGUAGAAGUCCUUUGUCUUGAGUGCUACUUUACUUGGGAAUCUGCAGGUGUCUUCAUAGCUUCAGUUUCCCCUGGCCCUGACACCAUGUCUGGUGUAUAAUAUCAGGGUCAGAGGAAACGUGGGCCAUUGUCUUCAGUGUAAUUGGGAACUAGUUAUCAAUGAUUACCUGUAUAGCAUCAAUCCAUUCCAAUCAUCGUUACACCAUGUACACAUUUAAUAUUUCACGAAAGAAUGAUUGAGGGUAUUAUUUUGCAAAAUAAUAAAGUUUUUUACUUUCAGC